CAGCAUCUUUCUUUCUUUCCUCAGGUUUUGAGUCUCUUCAUUUUACCCUAAUUCUGUCACAUACAAACACUCUAGCUGUAUUAGGUUAAUGAUGCUAUGUCAUAUUUACCCAUAUCAUAAGAAAGAAAGUAGGCCAGCAGUAACACUAUCAAUAAUCCUCUGAUUCUGAAAGGAUUAAAGUAUUUGUAUCUUAUAAUAUUGGAUAUGAAUUCAGUUUUAAAAGAAUACCCGACUCAAAUAAGUCGUCCUCAUCUAGAUUUAAAAAAAAAAAAAAAGUGUGGCAAGAUAAAUAUAGCUGAAACGUGGAGGAUGAAAGACAUAUCCCCUCGCAAGAUCUAAGAGAACUACCUCUCCUUCUAUCUUUUUUCUCUUAAAUCUUUCAUUUUUUUCACCAUUUUCUCAACAUUAACUCACACCAAGAUGGGCAUCAAACCUUUCAUGAUCUUCUUCCUCUUUAUUUCAAUUUUCUUCUGCCUUCUCUAUCUUUACAUCCCAAUCACAAAACCAGCCCUUGCCAUGAGCUCCAACAGCAUUCUACUCAAAUCUCAGAACCCAUAUCCAGUAACCUUUGCAUACUUAAUUUCUGCGUCAAAGGGCGACACAGUUAAAGUUAAAAGAGCCCUGUUGGCUUUGUAUCAUCCAGGAAAUCAUUAUCUUGUACACAUGGACAAGGAUGCUCCAGAGAAAGAACACAAGGAAAUUGCAGAUUUUAUCUCAAAUGAACCAGUUUUUAGCUUGGUAAAUAAUGUUUAUAUGGUUGGCAAACCAAAUUUAGUAACCUACAGAGGCCCAACAAUGCUCGCCACUACUCUCCAUGCCAUGGCCAUCCUCUUGCGAUGCUGCAAAUGGGAUUGGUUUAUUAAUCUUAGUGCUUCUGAUUAUCCUUUGGUAACUCAAGAUGAUCUGAUUCAUGCAUUUUCUGACUUGCCAAGAGAUCUCAAUUUUGUACAGCACAGCAGUCAGCUGGGUUGGAAAUUGAACAAGAGAGGCAAGCCAAUUAUAAUAGACCCAGGGCUUUACAGCAUCAACAAAUCAGAGAUCUGGUGGGUGAUCAAGCAGAGGACUCUUCCCACUGCUUUCAAGCUCUAUACAGGUUCAGCUUGGACAAUAUUAUCAAGAUCUUUCUCAGAGUAUUCCAUAUUGGGUUGGGACAAUUUGCCGAGAAAUCUCCUCCUUUACUACACAAACUUUGUGUCUUCUCCAGAAGGAUAUUUCCAGACGGUUAUAUGCAACUCUGAAGACUACAAGAACACCACAGCUAACCACGAUCUCCAUUACAUUACUUGGGAUAAUCCUCCCAAGCAGCAUCCGCGAUCCCUAGGCCUCAAAGACUUCAGAAGAAUGCUUCUAAGCAACCGCCCCUUUGCCAGAAAAUUUAAGCAAAAUACCAGAGUUCUCGAUAAAAUCGAUAAAGAGAUCCUCCAUAGGCAGCGUCAAGGAUACACUUAUGGAGGUUGGUGUUCCAAGACUGGAAAGAACUCGUGCUCAGGUUUUCGAAGCCAAAACUAUGGAGUUUUGAGGCCAGGGCCAGGGUCUAGGAGGUUGAAAACUUUACUAACAAGACUUGUUUCAUCAAAGAACUUUACAAAGAGGCAGUGUAGAUAAAUUUCAUCUUAUAAUUCAAUCUCACAUUUGUAUUGAUCAUUGGUUUGAUAGUAUACAUAUAUGGAUUGGCCGAUGGAUUUUUUUUUUUU